GCGAUGAGUUAAGUGAGGCCCAGGCCCAGGCCCAGGAGCGUCGUCCCCUGGCUUCUACCAUGGACCGUCAGCGAGCUGGCGUCCGGCUGCAGGUCGUUCUGAGACACCUCAGCGGACCCUCGGCCCCAGCGAUUGUGGCUCACCCCAUAUCAGGGCCAGUGUCCUCUGCCAGUUCCUAUCCUCAACAAUUCCAGUACACUUUGGAUAAUAAUGUCCUAAGCCUGGAGCAGAGAAAAUUUUAUGAAGAAAAUGGGUUUCUUGUCAUUAAAAAUCUGGUAUCUGAUGAUGAUAUUCAACGUUUUCGAGCUGAGUUUGAAAGGAUCUGCAGAAAGGAGGUGAAGCCACCAGGGAUAACAGUGAUGAGAGAUGUGACCAUUACAAAACUGGACAAUGCACCAAAUGAGAAAGUGGUUACAAAGAUCCAGGAUUUCCAAGAAGACAAGGAGCUCUUUAGAUACUGCACCCUCCCCCAGGUUCUGAAAUAUGUGGAGUGUUUCACUGGACCCAAUAUCAUGGCUAUGCACACCAUGUUGAUAAACAAACCUUCAGAUUCUGGCAAGAAGACAUCCCGGCAUCCCUUGCACCAGGAUCUGCACUAUUUCCCCUUCCGCCCUAGCGAUCGUAUCGUUUGUGCUUGGACUGCCAUGGAGCACAUUGACAGAAGCAACGGUUGUCUGGUUGUGCUCCCAGGCACCCACAAAGGCACACUGAAGCCACACAGUUACCCCAAGUGGGAGGGAGGGGUUAACAAAAUGUACCAUGGCAUCCAAGACUACAAGCUGGACAACAACAGGGUGCACCUGGUGAUGGAGAAGGGAGACACUGUUUUCUUUCAUCCUUUGCUCAUCCAUGGAUCUGGUCGGAACAAAACUCAAGGAUUCCGCAAGGCAAUUUCCUGCCACUAUGCCAGUUCUGACUGCCACUAUAUCGACGUGAAGGGCACCAGUCAAGAAAACAUCCAGAGGGAAGUUCUAGAGAUAGCGGAGAAACGGUAUGGAUUAGAAAGCGACAUUGACUUAAAGGAUAUUUGGAUGUUUCGAGGCCGACCUGUGAAAGGGGAAAGGACAAACCUUUGAAGUAGCCCCUCAAGAGUGCGAUACGACGAUGAGCGCCUAUAAUCCCAACACUCAAGAGAGUAAGACGAGAGCAUCGUGAGUUCGAGUACCGCCUGGGCUACAUAGCAAGAUACUGUCUCCUCCCCCCCCCCAUAGACAAAACAAAAAUAAUUAGCUCUUCAUUAUAAUUCUUUUAAAGGAAACAUCAAAGCAAGACAUCUCAGGAAAAUGUUUUCUUAUUGAGACGAUGUCAUCCUUUCUGUCUCCUGUGUAUGAAUCAAGACAUGUACUGGGGCCUUAACUGCCCAGAUUGAAUUAUGUGGUACUGUUGUUUUCAUUGAGUGAAAUAUUACUGUUUUAAGAAAAACUAACUUGGGAUAUAACUAAUAAAGGUGACUGAGUAUAAUUGAA